UAAUUAGCUCUAAAAUCGUAGUGUUUUUUUUUCUCGGACGGAAAAACUAAUGUCCCAUAGUUUCUCUAUCGUAUCGCUCUUUCGUAUAAAGAAGAUCAUAGAAUGCAAAGAAGGUGAAAUUUUGAUUGCAUCUAAAAAUAGUUAGCGAGUUUGUUAAAUCCAUUGUGUGUCCAAUGAGACGCACGUGCGAGCACGAUUUAAGUGCUCCACUUAAAUCUCACCGCGUACGCUUACAUUUUCGCAAUCGAUAGAAAUCUUCAGGCGAUAUAUUGUACUUCACGGAAGUAGAAAGUCUUAUGACUUUACGUGAGCCUGUGCACGGCAUGUGUAGUUUCAGAAUACUGCAGCGUGAUUGCUCCUGAAAUCAGCGCGACGUAACCAGUCACGGGCUUAUUAUUAUUAUUCGAUAAUCAUGUCGUUACCAAUCAAUAUUAAACAUUAUAUAGCCACGAGAUAUAUAAGUUACGCACAGGUAACUUUCCAGCAUUUCGUAUUACGAGUAAUUCGUAGACACUUAGAAACUUAGAAUAAUCAGCCAAAUUAUAGUAUUUUGCAGACAAGUCGUGUGCGUAUGUAGCAACUUUUCGCUGUCAAAAUAUCGAUCGUUUGACAAAUUGACGCGCUGUAGGAGGUCCAAAUUUUCGAUAGCGUUGAGACAUCAGAUUUCAUUGUUUCGCAACAUGCACGAUAAGGCCCACUAUUAAUUCGGUGCACGUGUUUCGCGCUCGCGUCACGUAUAAUAAGAAGGUCGAAAUGGAUCGUCGAAAUAUUCGGAUGAUCCUCGUGAAAGAAAUCAUUGGCAUUGGCCGAUAGUCAUGCUCGAUCAGCGGCGUGGGCCAUCGGCCAGCAAUAAUCGUACACCGCGAUCGUCGUGGUAGAUCGAAGGGAAGCGAUUUUUUAAACAAUUGUGCGCGAACGAACGAUAGAAACUGCUGUUUUGUUGCGGUAAACCGCGAGUGACGCAUAGACUUUCCAGUGGAGAACGUUUCGGAAUAGAGGUUCUUUUGCGCAAAAUUUGAUAUUGCUUCCAGAUACGUAGGCAUUUCAGAAAAGUUAGAUUAUUGUACGUUGAAGAAAAUUUUAGAAUGCUGAAUGAUUGAAUGAUUUGUGGAGAAAUGUGCGCGUAUUCGAGGAGAAGAAAUGUUUUAGCACAUCUGUCUGGAUUUAAAUUGUUGUCAAUAUGUAUAUAUCAUCGAUUAGUUCCUUUGCAGCCAGUUGGCUAUUCCUCUGUUUGAUCAUUCCAUUUCAUGGAGCUGAAAGAUCAGAUUGGAUUCCUCUGGAUCGGAAGAUCAAUGAUGAUGUACAUCAUCAAUUUCGAUCAAUGCAGCCAGAAUCAGUUUCUUUUAAAGAACAGUUCCAAUAUAAUGUCCCGAAAUCUCCACAGUACAACGCUUAUCGUUCUAAUCAGCAUAAUUCAGUGUUGCCUAAGAAUAGCUAUUCUGAAGGCAAUGUAAAGCAAAACGUGGCAAAAUCCAUACCGAAAUAUCUAGAAGACGUAUAUAAACCAUACUAUUAUUCGGAGUUCGUCGGAAAUCAAGAGACUACCAAAGAUAAAAGCGCUACGCUGGAGCAACGUUACGAGGAGACCGAUGAAGAAAUCGAUGAGGAAAUAAUGAAGAAAAUGAACGUGUUAGAUAAGCUGUUGUCCGAAGAUACCGAUGCGAACGACGUCGAGUUGAAGAACACAGUCGAAGAUGCAAUCAUCGCGGAAACGAAUAUCUCUGAAGAAACGAAAAGAGUUGUCAGACAAGUUCGCAGGCAACGUCCGGGAUUCUUUUGGACCUUGGCGAGACUUACUUUCGAGGCAUUCAACGACACGCGAUCAGCGAUUCAACAAAUUAGUAAUCUCAUCAGUCAAAACAUCGAACCGGACCCGACCACGCGAUCACCAGUCAGUAGUCAUCCAUUGAUGGUUACUGAUGCGAGAACAGUUGCACCAUCGAAUGAUCAGAGUACUGUGUCCAGCGACAUGGCAAAUGCCAACGCGACGACGACAAUGACAACCACGACCUCACGACCUUUUAGACUCACGCCAACCGGACUUCAAACUUUAAUUAGAAGAAAUUUGCGCGGUUUAAUCAGGCUCUUCAAUAUUGAAUGGCAGGAUGCCCUAAAUCAAUCGGAGAUAAAUGUGAGGGAAUUUCAAAAAAAUCUCGGGAAUCAGGUAGGCAGUUUCCUGCAGGAUAAUCCAAACGCUUUUUAAAUGUGACAAAGGUAGCAUCGCGAAGAAGAAUUAAAUGGAUGGCGAAAUAUACCUCAAAGCCAAAAUUGCACAUAACGAUCCAUUUAUAACAAGCAAUUUUAUAAUAGCCAAAGACUAUUAUUAUUAGUCUCUGAAAAUUAUAUCUUUCGAUUUUUUAUACUACAUCUGCGUUUAGUUAAGUAUUUAUACAGUGACCCGAUUCUUAAAUAGAAAAAAAUAGAUUUACGCAG